GCUUGACCAAGCGAGUGACGCAAAAAUGAUUAAGUAAGAGCUUAACUGGCGGCGCGGCCGAACUCUCAUUUCAGUCCCGCAGUGCGGCCGCUCCUACAUCACCCACGCACGUCUCCAAAACAUAUCGACGUUCAUCGUUUCGGAGCGUCUUAGCACCCAAUCCCAAAGCUGCGGACCGGUUUCCUUCGAGUAAUUGUCACAGUACCAGGCGCAUGCCGAUGGUUGCACCUCAAGUCUGUCUUACCUGCAAGGGUAGGAAGAAAAGAUGUGACAAGCAACUACCUAGUUGCGGUUAUUGUGAGCAGAACAACAAGACAUGCUGCUACGAGUAUGGCGGAACACCGCACUCACUGUCACCAACCCAAGCCACGGAGAGUCCAGUGGCUCAUACGCCACCACAGAUCGCUUCGCCUGCCUCAAUCGGUUCUAUUCACGACGCGCGGUUUCUUGAUGCGACAAUACCGCGAGAAGUGAUGCAAAUCAUCGAUGCGACUCAGCAAUCCAUCCACGACAUAAGCUCACGAUAUUUCAAUGGGAUCCAUCUAUGGGUCCCUUUCCUAUGCCCAGACCGCUUCGGCAAAGAUCUUUUCCAAUUCCAAGCUGUCCCAACUGCGCAAUUCUCUUUACUCCUUCUUUGCAUGUGUUUGGUCACGUACGAUCCGCCGGAGGAUCAACCACCGCCAAUCGACCAAAACGUCCUCUACUUUCACGCCAAAACAUUGUUCACUCAGAUUCAACUAUUGACAAUACCAUCUACUCACCACAUACAAGCUGGGCUCCUGAUAUCAGUCUACGAAUAUGCACAUGGACGACCCGGCAGCGCCCUUUUGUCCACUGAUAUUUGCGCGCGUAUGGCGUAUAGAAUCGGCAUGAACAAAAAGCACGAUAGCCUAGGCUGGAGCGAGGCUUGGAACACUUGGUGGGCAAUCGUCAUCUUCGAAAGGAUCUUCUACUGCGAAUCUACGUUGACCGAUAUUCCCUUGGUCACAGUCGCGCCAGACGAGACGGCUCUCCUGCCGCAUGAGGUCGGUGACUGCACCCGUGGAUCUAGUCUGAAUCCAGGCUUCCGAGUUGCGCCAGUGAGCCAAUCAGGAAUCGGUUGUCUAGGCCGCGCAGCACAGGCGGCUUACCUGCUCGAUCGUGUUAUCCAUACUAUCAAGGCCACCUCCGUACCUACGACUGACCGGAUAGCCCACCUCAUCUAUCUGGAUGGAGAACUCCAGAGUCUGCUCUCAAUUGUCAUGAAAAAAUGUCAUGGUUUACGCGGAGGACACUGCGGGGCUGUUGGGUCAUCAAUCAGAGCUCUUUCCAUGCUUCACCAACAUAUCCUACACCUCGAAGCCACAGCGAUCGAUUCCAGAUGGCGAAACCAUUCGCAAGCAGCAUUAGACACCGUAGCCCAGAUGAUUGUAGACAUCUCUCGAAGUCAUCGCGGUAUAACCUCCUCCAAGAUUGACAUUAUAUCUCCGGUUUGCAAUUACGUCAUUCGACAUACCUUGCAGUAUAUCUACGUAAAGCGCUACGAGGAUAGCCAAGCCUGGUUCGAUGAUUCUGAUGCCCUCCGAGAAUCACUGGCGAAGUUGGACCGCCGCUGGUCUUUCGAAAUGGGCACCUUUGCGAACACUGAAACGAAGGGCUCUGUAACGUCAAUCGACGUACAAUCAUGAGCCAAGAGCUCUGUAUCACCCAAAGAAUUAAAUGGGCCGGGAUUGU